CUGCUGGAGGUUUCCCUCCUUUAAAGCGGCCUGGUGCUCAGGCAACACUCUCUUGGAAAACUGCAGAGAUGGCAGCUGUUUGGAUGCUCGUCUGUGUGCUGACUGUUUGUCUGGCCAGAGAUCUGUCUCCGAAUGAGAUCUCCUUAAAGAAAGCCAUUCAACUUUUCCAGUCGAUGGAGUCUAUGUUGGACCAAGAUGCUCGAGAAGUACAACUGGAAACCAAUGACGUGGAAGCUGAUGCGUCUGGUCACCAGAAUCCUGAACAAAAGCCCCAGAGCGUCAACGAGACAACAAAUGUCCAGAACCAGGUCGUAACGAGGGACAACGGCACGGAGGGGGGCGUCCAGAACCGGGUCGUCAUUAGGGGAAAUUCCACUGCGGGGCAUGACCUAAAAUGGGUCAUCAUAGGAGGCGACUCCACAACUGAGGACGUCCAGAACCGGGUCGUCAUUAGGGGAAACGCCACGGCGGGGGGCGUCCAGAACUUGGUCAUCAUUAAGGACAAAGCCAAGACGGGGGGCGUCCAGAACCUGAUAGUCAUUAGCGAACCCGCCACAGCAGAGGCUGUCCAGAACCGGCUCGUCAUUAGGGGAGUGGCCAAGGAGGGGGACGUCCAAAAAUGGGUCGUCAUUGGGGUAGACUCCACGACUGGGGACGUCCAGAACCGGUUUGUCAUUUGGGGCGAAGCAACGACGGGGGGUGUCCAGCAGAACCUGGUUCCCAUGGACAACGGCACGACGGGGGGCGUCCAGCAGAACAACGGCAUGACGGGGGGCGUCCAGCAGAACAACGGCACGACGGGGGGCGUCCAGCAGAACAACGAACAACGGCACGACGGGGGGCGUCCAGCAGAACAACGGCACGACGGGGGGCGUCCAGCAGAACAACGGCACGACGGGGGGCGUCCAGCAGAACCUGGUUCCCAGAGACAACGGCACGAAGGGGGGCGUCCAGCAGAACAACGGCACGACGGGGGGGCGUCCAGCAGAACAACGGCACGACGGGGGGGCGUCCAGCAGAACAACGGCACGACGGGGGGCGUCCAGCAGAACCUGGUUCCCAGAGACAACGGCACGAAGGGGGGCGUCCAGCAGAACAACGGCACGAAGGGGGGCGUCCAGCAGAACAACGGCACGACGGGGGGCGUCCAGCAGAACAACGGCACGACGGGGGGCGUCCAGCAGAACAACGGCACGACGGGGGGCGUCCAGCAUGAGCACAAAGUGCUCCUGGAUACCCAUGAAGUAGACGACCAGAUGUUGAACGGGACGAGGAAAAGUUGAACGCGACGAGGAAAAGUUCAAUGGGACGAUGAAAAGUAAAAGUUCAACGGGACGAUGAGCGAGGAGAUAUUCAAUACUGCAUAGAUUAAUCUCGUAUAUUUCGACUGCCUUGGAGAGCUUGAUAUCGGAGAUGUUAUCUUAGCAAUAUAAUAAAACGUCUAUACAUUUCUUAAAUAACAGCGUGUCAAUCCAAUGUUUGUAUUGCAAUGCUUGGCUCUUAUCAUGCAUACAUCUUCCCUUAACAGUCCAAUAAAAGCUCAUCUGGACUAGAACAGUCUUUUAAAAACUCUCAUACUACAUAGGAUUAGCAGACAUUGGUCAUGUCAGUAAAAGGGAGAAGAUUAAACGUGCAAUAUUUUGAGAAAUGUUCAUUAGAAAACCUUGCCCUCCUUCCAAAUGCAGGCUUUAUUGCAGGUUAGUCUGAAGUCCAUAUGCACUUCUAUGUGCUGGACUAUAACAAGAUGGUAAAAAGGUGGACUCUAAUAACAAUUUAGCCUCAAAAGAAAAGUCAAGAAUAUAAACUUGGUAUACCCAAUUCAGGGUUUCACAAUCUUCUAAACCUGUCACUCAAAAUAG